UCUCCCGAAGCAGAUCCUCUCAAAGAGACUCCCACGUACAAACACACACACGCACGCACUACAGCCGAAAAUCCCCUAUUUACGAGGGAAGAAGAGUGUGAGGGUUGCUUUGUGCGCUUUACUGAGUGGAAUUGCGGACUGUUUGUGGAGUUUUGGGACUGUUUUUGUCGUGUUUAAUCCUCCGAGGUAAUCUGGGAUUCUCGAGGCGGGAAUGAGAGAGAUGCGCUCGAGCGCUCACUGGACUUUCACUCUGUGAGGAUCAAACAGGUGAAAACAGCAGGACAAUACAGUAGAGAUGAGUGGCGAGUCGAGCCCGGGGGUGGUGACAACCCCUCCACCCCCCAGCGUGGGGAAACGGGAGGGUUACUUCGACCGCAUCAAUGAAAAUGACCCCGAAUACCUGCGUGCACGCAACAUGUCACCUGACCUGCGACAAGACUUCAACAUGAUGGAGCAGAAGAAAAGAGUCACACAGAUACUACAGAGUCCAGCAUUUAAAGAUGAGCUGGAGGGAAUGAUCCAGGAACAGAUGAACAAGGGGAAUAACCCAGCAGGACUGCUCGCUCUGCGGCAGAUCGCAGACUUCUUCAUGACCAGCUCCUUAGCCGGUUUCUCCACCUCCCCCCUCAGUUUGGGCAUGGUGACCCCAAUAAACGACAUGUUCAGCAUGGAGUCCAAUACUAUGGUGAAGGGAGAGAAACAGACCCGCUGCAAACUGGCCAGCCUCUACAGAAUAGUGGACCUGUUCAGCUGGGCCCACUUCACAAGCUGUUACAUUACAGUUCGUGUCAGUAAGGAGCAGGAUCACAUCCUCAUCAUCCCCAGAGGGCUGUCCUUCGCCGAGGCCUCUGCGUCCAAUCUGGUAAAGGUGAACAUUCUCGGUGACGUGAUCGAUCAGGGCUCCACCAACCUGCAGAUCGACCCGGCCGGCUUCAGCCCUCACGCUGCCAUCUACUCCAUGAGACCCGACGUGCGCUGCAUCAUUCACAUACGCACACCGGCCACUGCUGCUGUGUCGUCUAUGAAGUGCGGCCUGCUGCCCAUCUCUCAGGAGUCUCUGAUCCUUGGUGACAUUGCCUACUACAACUACCAAGGCAGUGUAGAUGAGCCAGAUGAGCGCUUGGAGCUCCAGAAAGCCCUCGGACCGUCAACGAAGGUGUUGGUUUUAAGGAAUCAUGGAGUUGUAGCUCUCGGGGAGACCAUUGAAGAGGCCUUUCACUACAUUUACAGCGCUCAGUUUGCCUGUGAAAUUCAGGUCAAUGCGUUCUCAUGCGCUGGAGGAGUGGAGAACCUGAUCUUGUUGGAUCUGGAGAAGUUUAAACCUCGUACACAGGGGGUGGCAGAAGCCGGGGUCAACUACGGCUCCCCGCACAAGUGGAGGUUGGGAGAGCUGGAGUUCGAGUCGCUCAUGAGAAUGCUGGACAACCUGGGUUACAGGACGGGCUACACGUACCGGCACCCCAUCGUGCGGGAGAAGCCGCGACACAAGAGCGAAGUGGAGAUUCCCGCGACAGUGACGGCGUUCAUGUUCGAUGACGACGACACUCCACGGUUCCCUCUGAAGUUGCUGCAGCAGCGACAGCAGAGAGAGAAAACACGCUGGCUCAAUUCACCCAACUGCUACAUGAAGGUGAACGUGUCGGACGGGGCCAGCGAGGAGAACGGACGCACCAAGACCAUGUGGAUGAAGUCAGAUGAUGGCGGUAACACCAGCGGGACUCCGAUCCGCAUUGAAGAUCCCAACCAGUUUGUUCCUAUGAACACAAACCCCAGUGAAGUUCUGCAAAAGAGAAAUAAGAUUCGCGAACAGAACCGGUUUGAUAUGAUGACAGCAGGGCCGCAAUCACAGCGGCUGGCAGGGAUUGUGGUGGAUAGACCGCCGGGACAGUCGCCAGUUAAGCCGUACAUGGGCGAUUGCGAGGAACAAAUGGUCCCUCUUCCUCCAAACCCCUUCAGCGACCAGAUCGAGAAAGAGAUGAACGACUACCAGAAGAGAGUAGGAUUAGACGAUGAAGAGCAGCUCACGUCAGACGACGCUUCCACGCUCUCUCAGUCAGUGUCCCAAACUCAGUCUCCUCACCACACUCCAGCCAAAGAAGAGAACCACACCGGCGUGAUGCUGAACGGCAAAGACGGGCACGGCGAUGAGGACGAGCUCAUCAAGCGUGUGAGUCAGCUGACCACCAGCGUGGAGAGCGUGGAGAUCGAGGUGCGCUCGGGAGAGAAGAUCGAGGAGGCACUGACGCCCGAGAGCUCGCCCUCCAAAUCCCCCAACAAGAAGAAGAAGAAGUUCAGAACCCCGUCCUUCCUGAAGAAGAGCAAAAAGAAAGAGAAAGUGGAAGCCUAGAGAGAGAGAGAGGGGCUCCAUGCCCACUUCGUCUGUCUUUCUGUUUGUCGUUUUAUGUUCUGAGUUUGUUUUUGUUAAGGUUAUGUAUGACAAAAACAUGGCACGUUCUAUUGGGAGUCGGUGAAUAGAUGGAGUAACAUCCGUUUUUCAGAGAUGUGCCGUGUUCACGUGAUCAUAAGAUGAGUUUUAUACAGGAAGAGAAGCGAGGGAAACUCCUGGGAAACUGGCUUCUCUCGCCUGAUGGACUGAAAAUGUUUCUGUACACAAUUUCCUAAUGAUUUUAUCUCGUUGAUGAGCCCAUACUGCAUUGUUUUUUUCAUAUUGUAUGUUUAUUAGAUUCUCACACAGACCUUUUAUGAGCCCCUUUUCUAUCCGCCACGUCAUCCCUCAUGGUGUCAGUUCUGCUUGCGUUGUUUCUCCAGCUGUGGGUGGACGGUGGGCGUAAUUGGUUGCACUACACAGGAGACGCUGAGGAAUCACACUGGAAACCGUUCUGGGGUUAUUUUAACAGGGUUUGUUUUAUUUGCUUCCACUUAGCUGUGAUUGUCGGUGUGAAAUUGAGCGGCGCGCGUGAUGAUCCUGUGUAGAGCCGCUCCAGCCUCCUCUCCGUACUGUUCUUUGCCAAACGAAAAGGUUUAAUAGCAUAAAAAGCAGAGCAAUCACGUUUUAGUGAACUGUAAUUUUGGUUUCGUGAACAUCCACUCUUUAUCUCUAAUGAAAUAUUUUAGCUUUUUUUUAAUUAUUAUUAUUAUUAUUGAAACAAUUUAGGUUUUAUCCAUUCAGUUUUGUACUCGUUUCUAUACUUUAACAACGUAAAAA